ACAUAUUUAGACGAAGGCCGGUUUACAUGGCGACACGAUUCUGUUUUAAAUUUUCUCGCAUCCACUCUUACUGCUGUGAAAAAUUCCACACUUUACGCGGACAUUCCUGGUUUUAUGAAUCCAUCUGUUAUCACGAGAGAUCGUUUACGACCUGACCUUCUGCUGGUGACUGAAAACAGAUGUUUAUACAUCCUCGAGCUUACAGUCGGUUAUGAAUCCAAUCUGCAAGUUAAUGCCAAUCAUAAGCGUCAAAAGUACCGUGAUCUAAUCAAUGAGCAGAAAGUAGAUUAUGAUAAAGUCAAGUUCGUCAAUUUAUCCUUGAGUACCCUCGGAGUUUUUGGCCCGAUCUUCUGA